AUGGGUGAUUCCAAUCGCUUGGAGGAGCUUUUGAAGAGACCUCUCUAUGUCUAUGAUCUUCCGCCCGAGCUUCUCACGACUCUAAGCGCAAAAACCGCGAACCAGCCUGUCGCCGAACAAGCCCAACAAGUCUCCGAGGCCACCCCCAAGAAUGCAGAGAUCGCAGCGCAAGAGCCUGCGAUUGCAACAUCGACACUAUGCUCCCUCUGCAAUGUCACCUAUCUCAAUGUGCAAGAGCAACGGAGCCAUGUUCGCUCCGAUCACCACCGCUAUAACAUCAAAGCGCAACUCCGCGGCAACGCGCCGCUCGAUGAGAUCCAAUUCGCAAAGGCAGUUGGAGAGCUGGACGAAUCUAUAUCGGGAUCGGAGUCAUCCGAAUCGGAGGAGGACGAGGCUGAUGGAAAUGGUGACACCACCCUCACGGCUUUGCUGAAAAAGCAAGCCAAGCUGUCGGAGGCGAAUGAGGAGGCGACAACUGCCGUGACAGGAGGGUCACCAAAAAAUCCCCUCUUUUGGUUCUCAAGUUCGGGCUUGCCGUCGAAUAAGUCCCUGGGGAUUUAUAGGGCGAUAUUCUCAAACGUUGAGCAGGAUGCACCUGCCCACUUGGUGGAAUCGCUGCGCAAGAAGCAACUCGCUCCAGUCAAGGCGCGGACCAAUAAUGCGCAGAUCCAAAAGGACCUGUCGGCUACUGGUCCCCACAUCUUUAUGUGUAUGAUUGGUGGUGGCCAUUUUGCGGCAAUGGUGGUGUCCCUUGCACCCGAAAUUCACCGGAAACAAGGUGGCGUGGAGGAUAGGCAGGCGAGAGUCAUUGCGCACAAGACCUUCCAUCGAUAUACAACGCGACGUAAGCAAGGUGGUUCCCAGUCAGCCAGCGAUGCCGCCCGAGGAGCUGCCCAUUCAGCGGGUUCUAGCUUGCGUCGCUACAACGAAGUUGCACUGGAGAAGGACAUUCGGGACCUUCUUGCGGACUGGCGGCAAAUGAUCGACAGUGCGGAACUUUUGUUCGUUCGUGCGACGGGAAAGACCAACAGGAGGAUUCUAUUCGAGAGAUAUGAGGGACAUGUCUUCAAACAAAACGACCCUCGACUGCGCGGCUUCCCCUUCAAUACUCGUCGAGCCACCCAAGGUGAGCUCAUGCGAUGCUUCAAGGAGUUGACCCGGGUGAAAAUCAGCGAGAUCGAUGAGGCUGCUCUGGCAGCUGCGGCAGAAGCAGCAAAACGAAAGGAAGAGUCUAAACCCACCACGCCACGCCCACAACCUCAAAAGCCGAAGCUGUCCAAGGAAGAGGAGGCUGCACUAUUACACACAUCCCAGAUUCAAGCCCUCAUCCGGCGCUCCAAAGUCCCGGCGCUCAUGUCUUAUCUCUCCAACAACUCAAUCACCUCAUCCUUCUCCUUCCAGCCUGCCGAUUCACCCCAAAACUUUCGCUGUCCCACCCCUCUCCAUCUCGCUGCCAACAACAACGCCCCUGCUAUCGUGAAUGCUCUCCUUACUCGAGCCAACUCCGACCCAACUGUUUUCAAUGGCGAAGGUCGGACCCCGUUCGAACUUUGUGGGGACCGCCCUACCCGGGAUGCAUUCCGUAUAGCACGGCAUGAGCUCGGGGAGUCGAAGUGGAAUUGGACGGCAGCAAAGGUCCCGGCUGCUAUUUCCAAAGCAGACGCAGAUAGCCGAGCUGAAAGAGAACGGAAGGAAGCGGUAGAAGAGGAGGCUAAUCGACGCAAGGCCAGUUUGGAACGUCUGAAGAAGGAGGAUGCCGAGAGAGCUGCACAGCAGAUAUCGAAAUCUGGCGGGCGAACUCUGGGAGCCGUGGAGAAGACGGCAGCUGAAAAGCGCGACGAGGAGACUCGAGGUAUGACACCAGAGAUGAGAAUGAAAUUAGAAAGAGAAAGGCGAGCGAGGGCUGCAGAAGAGCGUUUUCGAAGGAUGCAGGGGAACUAG